AUGUAUGACAUUUUGGAGGAAUUUUCGAUGCUUUCAGAGGCUUUACAAAACAGAGAUACUACUGUUGUUUAUGCUGAUAAAUUGAUCAGAAGAAGAAUUGGAUUUUUUAAAACUUUGAAAGAAAAGCCUGAAAACAAGAGCCUUGAGGCUUACAUUGUUGAGAAGGGCGGUAAUUUUAACAAUGUCCCUAUUACAAAAAUGUCCGCCAAAAAUUGCGACCAUCAACCACAAACAACUGAUAACAAGUGUAAUAAACAACUUAACUAG